AUGCUUGCUAUGGACAAUGUGUCCGACGACACCCACGGCCCUCUGCCUCCUUCGGACAUCCAUCUGCUCCGGAAAGAGGCAGAGCAGAUCGAGAAAGCCAUUGAUGGGCUGGAAUUUCAGCUGGCACAACUCAAAGACCGUCUCGCCGCCAUCCAGGGCCACCUAUCCGUAACCGUCUACCCUGUUAGCACUCUUCCCGCCGAGAUUCUCUGCAACAUAUUCGCGUCCGCCGUGUCUUCCUCGCUUGGGGGCGAGAUUACUCGCGCGCUGCUGCUUAUCACUUCUGUAUGCCAACGCUGGCGGCACGUUGCCAUUGCGGACCCGAUUCAGAAGUUAUGGACGAAUACUUGCUACUUUGUCAAGAACGUCGACUCGGAUGUGCCCUUACAAUUUGACAAGUCAUUACUGAGCAAGUUAUUUAGAGAACUUCCCCAACGCUUCCACCACCUCCGCCGUCGUCACCACCUGCGCAAACUCCUCAUGGAGCGCGGCCAACGCGACCUCAUGCAUCGUCUCUGCGUCAAACCGCUGCAGCCCUGGAUUCUUCCCUCCCGGGGCGGCGCCGCGUUCGAACAUCCCCGUCGCGUCCCGGGGCAGAUAGACCGGCUCCCACCCGAGGUUUCCCGCCAUGCGCGUCGUCGUGCUGACACAAUGCGCCGUCGUCAGCCCGACGAUGACCAGCGUGUCGAUCUUGUCUUUGCGCAGAUGCUCCUCGAGGCCGGUGCCGAUGAAGCCCGAGUUGACGUGCUUGACGAAGAUGGGCUCGGCUUCGAGCGGGGCGGUGGUGGGGAGCGGGACGAUGCCUUCGGGGUGCAUAUCUUCCACCUCGUUCGGUCAUGUCGUCGACCACGUCUAUCCCAACAUCUGUCUAUCUCAAGGCACCGCCGAGAUAGGGCCUCAGGACGGGAUGCCGCUGCAGGAGAUGAUGUUCCAUGACCUGCCUACCACUCUACCUCCCCCAUUUCAUCCGUCUUCGGUGCUUUACCCGCCGCCCCAGUCAUCUCCAGCGUAAUCUGCGCGUGCUUGUCCAGCCAGAGAAUACCCUCCCCUGGCCAAACGGUCGUAUCUAGAGGCUUACCAACGCUAUCGAGCGCACUCAGGCGAAUCAGCUCGCAAGAACCUACCGGAGAACAGGAAACGACGAAUGUCCUGCGUGGUGGACUCCGCUUCAGCGGAGGCCCCGGGAAGCUUCUGCCAAGGGUUGUCCCCACAAUCCUUGGCAGAAGCUUCCCGGGGCCUUUCAGCGGCGAGAACUUGGGCAUAAGAUGUGGUGGUUGUUGCGGAGGCAAAGGGUGGUGUCGUUAUGGAGCUAGGGUCCUCUUAAUGGAAGGCGCGGGAGAACACUGGUAUGUGCCGGUGCUUGCUGCGAGCCUUCCGAAACUGACAAAAAGUGCAUGGGCAGGCGCAUCGAAAACGCGGACGUGCAUAUUGUCAAUACAUUAUCCAGCCCUAUGACCCUCUUCCGCAAAUGCUCAGCCAUCCAUACUGGGAGAUUAAGGAGUGUUUCUGUGCAAUCUCCCUCAGUAUUUCAGUCUUGCGAAACGAGAGUCGUAAUACAUUCCAUUAUUAUCGAUUUGGAGUCUGGCGGGACUGCCCAUAGUUAAUUAUUUGACUCGGCGUUUGCUCUCCAAGCCUACCAUACAGCUCCAUGUCCGCAGCCCUGGAGGCAGAAAUCGCUCAUGGCAUAAAACGAAGCUGGAGGAUGAUGACGAGAUGAGGAUGACGAGUCACACGUGGUGAAACACACCUUGUCUCAGGCACCGCCGGAGCGCUGGAACGCACAAAUUUUCGCCACAUUCGCGGACCGCGCUCCCCGGCUCACCACGCUUCACAUUCAAGAGGUGUGCAUCAAUUCCACGGAGCUGCGGGAGGCACUUCGGCAUGCGCCGGUGCUGGAGGAGCGCGCGCUUGCGGACGUCGCGGUGCGCGUGCCCGGCCCGCCGAUGAUGUGCGAGGUCACUUUUCCACUGGACGACACGGCGCUGCGUGUGCUCCGCGACGACCCAGACAUCGUGCCAAGACUGACGCGGCUCGACCAUGAUUCAUAUUCAAUCCAGUUCGAGGACGCACUCCUGGCGGAUUGCCUCGCGGCCCGCGCUAGGACCAACCGCGCGAGGCGGCUGGUGGCGCCGGGGACAGGCCAUCCGUUCGUAUUCGACGGGCGGCUCAUCGCGGCCCGCGUGGACGGCCAACUUGUGGACGGCACGGCUAUCGAGUGGGUGCAAAAGGACGUUGACCAGAUUUCCAGUCUUCUGAUGGCUUCUGGAUGGGGCGAGGGGCUGAGGUUUACGAUUGAGCAGAGACGAUGA